AGUUCCGGUGAUCCCACUCUUAGUAACUGGUUCAGAUACAACUGACAGGAUUAGAACGGUAUUUGUAAACGUAUUUAAAUAAUUUAAGUUCUACAAUAUAGUAAUAACUGUUGUUGAAGACUAUGGACAGUGGUUUGCGUGUUCCAACACACUUCAUAUCAAUUAAUUUUCAGUUGAUGUCGCUGCCAUGGUAACAACAGUCAGAACAGUAAUAAUUAUUUUAGAAUAUUUGUCGAAAAAGAUAUUAUAUAUGUGACUUGUAACUUUCUUAUUCAGUUUUGAGGUAAGAGCAGACAAACCUCCAUGUCUAGGCUCCACAUGUUUUCUCAUAUAAGUUAGUGCCUAGUGGGACGUAUGCUUAGAUUUACCUCCAUAAAAAAAAAUGGAGCGGACUCGUGUAAAUCGCCUUGCGCCUGACGGAAACGGCCCCAACCUUAACUGAUUGCCUCUUCAAAAGUCAAUUCUCAUUUCUAUCUUAUUAUGUUGACAUUUAUUAAAGUUUUCAGUGUACCUAAUCUUAUCAUAGAGAACUUUCCUAGCAGUUUUCAUUAUGAUUCUUUCAACCUUCCUGUCAAUAACCAAGAUUCUAGCAAAAGGAUUUAUAAUUCAAUUAAUAACACCUUUCGUAUGUGGAGCUUCUUAAUAAGAUCAACGAGUCACUUCUUAGUGGAGGGACAUGCUGCAUGCAGCCUUUUUUUAUGAUUUCAACAAAAACAAUCGCAAAAGUUCAAUGAAUCCUUAAUUUCAAUAAGACAGAGAUUAUUCAGGCUAAGAUUUGGAAAUCUCAGAUGUGCAUUUGCUUCUCGGCGUGACAUGAUUCAAACAGUAGCGUCAUGACUCAUGGUUGUAUUAUAAUAUUGACCAAGUAAAAUUUCUUAAUUUGUAAAUACUAUAAACUUAUGGUUUGUAAUAAUGCACAGUUUAAGUAUGCUCACCAACUGCGUUAUGAGCCACGUUUUGUCCUCCUGCUGAGAAAGUUGAAAACCCCUCAACUAAAAACUAUCAAUAUAAUGACCAACUAACAACUAUUGUACGUAUAUCUAGUCAACGGAAGCAAGCUCCUUCAAUUGGAUAACUUCCCUGCACCCAUUUCCAGCCCCAAAUUAAGAAAAUAAUUAAGUAGAAAAUCAUAUAUCCGUCCCAAUUUAUGUGAUUUGAGAAAAAGUUUAGUAAAAGAAAAAUUAAACUUUUGAAACCCAUAAUCUAAAACAAGUCAUAGAUAAUUAUUAUUAAAUAUAAAAAAAUGUUACGGUAUUUUUUUUUAGACGGACUAAAAAGGAAGCUGGGUAAUAUAAAUUAGCACAGAGGCAGUACUCUCAAACCAAUCUUGCUCCUUCGUUAACAAAAAACUUCAAAGUUUCUGCUUGUCUUUGGAUCCCUGAAAUGACACCGUUAUCUACCUGUUGGCUUUUGAUUGAACUAUACGUGAUCCCACAUGGAUAUUUGAAGUGGUAUUUUUUGAGUUUCUAUAUCCACCCUUUUCUUCUUCCUCUCUGCCAACUUUAUCGUUGGAUCAAAGUGUUACAAAAAUUUCUAUUAACCUUCAUCCUUUUUGUUUAUAAGUCCUCUUGUUUCUUAAUUUCAUAUCUUACAAAAUUGUGCAAAUUCUGCCUUCUCCUCUUCAAGAAGUGUACCUUCAUCUUACGAAAUAGAAAAAAUCAUCAUAACCCUAUUGAAGAAGCUUAUGAGUACUAUGAUGCCAUACCAAAUACUGAAAACCAAAAUGAAAUCAUCCUUUAUACGAGCUUGAACAUGAGACGAAGUUCGAGUGAAUCAUACGAAACCAUCCAUCAUUUUAACAUGAAAAAUAAAUCGUAUGAUGACAUAAUCUACGUAUAUGAUUUUCAAACUAGAGUCUCUCAAAUGUUCGAUAAUAAUCACAAGAUUAGUUCGUUUGUUGAACCUAAUCAAGGUGAGUUUAUGGAACUUGAUGAAGAACAUGAAAAAGAAUAUCCUAGUGAAGUAGUAACCGACUGUUGUUCAGUCAUUUCUUCUGUCGAUGAUAAGACGAAUUUAUUUGAUAACUAUAAUACUGUCCCUUUAUCUCCUGGUUCAGUUUUAUCUGAAACAGAGAUGGAACUUGAGUUUUCCCUAUCGAGUUCUGUUUCCGGUUUUUCACCAGGUAUUGAUGGUCGCGGGUUUGACGAAUAUUUUCCAUCUCCUAAUAGUUCUAAUUUGUCGUCCCCUUUGGAUUAUGGCACGAUGAACCAAAAUUUUCCGUCACUUGAUAGCUAUACAAAUGAUAUGGAAAUGGAUCAACAGCUGGUUCAUGAGUAUACAAAUUGUGCAGAGGAAGAAGUAGAUUUGUUAUACAAGAAGUAUGCUGAAAGAAUGAGCUGGUUUGAUGUUCUCAAUCAUGAAAGGCUAUGUGCCUUAAAUGCAGUAUUGAGGAAGCACUUGUCAAGUCCAAAUUCAUUUGAGUAUGAAAUGGAGCCUACAGUUGGUUUGCCUGUCCAAUAUAGUUCAUUGAACAAAAUGGAUAGAAAAAGACUUGUGAGGAACUUAGAGAGUGAUUUGGAGUUGGUUUAUGUGGCACAAUCAUGUUUAUCAUGGGAAGCACUUCAUCAUCAGUAUAAAAAAGUAAAGGCUCUUUGUGGUUCAACUUCAAAAAAUGGGGUCUUUUAUGGUAAUGUAGCAGCAAGAUUUCAGAAAUUCCAAGUAUUGCUAGAAAGAUUUGUGGAAGAUGAUAGCUGUGGAGGCAAAAGGCAUUUGAAUUAUGUUCAUACAAGAUUUUCCCAAAAGAAUCUCCUCCAAGUUCCAGAGAUUUCUGGAUACGUAGAAUCAAAUGAAAGAGUGGAUGGAGAAAUAAUGAAGCCAAUAGAAGUGCUAAAGGCCAUUGAGAAAUGCAUAUAUGCUUUUUGGUUUUAUGUAAGAAGAGAUUGCAAGAAAAAGAAGAAUUUUUUGUGGAGUCAAUCUCGUGUUGAAGACCCCAGAGACAUACUGUUCCUGCCUGACUUGACUAGGAAACUUCAAAUGAAAGAGUUAUGGAUGAAGGAUGUGAAAGGUAAGAGAAAAUGUUGGCUUAGAAGAGCAAAAAAGGGUGAACAAGAAGAGUUGAACAAAAUAGAGUUAGUGUUGACAUUGAUAGAGAUGAAGCUGGUAUCAAGGAUUCUCCAUAUGUCCAUUAUUUCUACAUCUCAUUUCAAAUGGUGCCAACAAAAGCUAGAUAAUAUAGAGUUCAAAAAUGGUCACAUUUUAAGGAGCCCAACUAUCCUACCGCUGUUUCCAUCUUGAUUAGAUCACAUCAAAUUUUCUUUUUAUUUAGAAAAUUAGAUUGUAUAUAGUUAAGCAUACUUGUUCUUCUUCUACAAAGAGUGCACGCAUGUCAUGUAAAUCUAUUACAAUUAGCUUCUUCUUUUGGGAUAGCCAUAUCAAUGACAAAAAUAAAUUUUAGUAAUAA